GCGCUUUCCCCAAAUAGGCACGCUUUACCUUCCUCUGCCAGUAAUUGACCGUCACCAUCACCAUCACCAUCAGCGUCACUGCAGAAUACAGAGUAUAUACUACUACAGAGUAAAUGCGCUAUGAAAUCUCAGCGAAACAAAUCACGCCUUCUACUAGCCCUCUACGCACGACCUAAGCACCCCGAAAGCUAUCACUAUGCUCUAUUAUUCUGCCCCAAAACCACAGCAGCGCAGAACGCAAAGCCUCUUCCGGCAACUAAAUACCAUGUCAAAAAUACAAUCGAAAAUAUCAACGACCGGAUCUCCCAGCCCUGGCGCUUUGAGCGAUCCAUGAUAGAUGAUAUUAAUCUGGAACCGCGGUUAUUGGUUUGUGUUGUGAUCGGAAAAAUUGUCUCGCAGGAGCAUGUGGAGAGGGUGUUUGGUGAAACGCCUGUCUACCAGGUUGAUCAUCCUGACAAGGAGAAAGCGUUGGUUUUUGAUUGUCGGUCGUGGGUGGUCGAUGCUCUGGAGAGGCUUCGGAAGUCGGGUGUUGUUUCUUCGCUACUUGAUUGGGAAUUGCUAGAGAGGAAGGCUGUGGAGUAUGUUGAGGGGAAGAAGAGAAUGGGGAGAUGGGACGCUGGCCAAGAUGUAAGUGCGAAGUUAAGAGUUCCGAUCAUGGACUUGAUCAUAGGGUCAGAAAUUUCUACUUAAUGUGGGCUUAUGUAUUGAUGUGAUAUGAUAAUCGUUGAUAUGAUAUGAUU